AUCCUAACUCAUUAACAAACAGAGAGCAAGUGCCUGUGCAAACCCUCUGGGGAAAGAGAGAAAGUGACAGGAGAAGGAAGGAACACUACACAAUCUAUCAAGGGAGAUCAGUGGAGCUAAUUUACAGCUUGAGAGGCAGAAGAGAGGAGAAAUCAAGCAUUUUAUUUUUGCUUUUCAGUCUCAUGCCUGCUUUCCCUCAUUACCCUUUCCCUUGUUUGUUCUAAACCUCUUUACUUGCAAUCUCUACGUGUGGCCUGUUCAAGCAUGCCCCCGAACGGAGGUAACAGGGCCCUGAAGCUGCAGUUUGGCCUCAUCAACUAUGAAAACCGUUAUCUGACGGCUGAAGCAUUCGGCUUCAAGGUGAACGCCUCGGGCAUCAGCAUGAAGAAGAAACAGAUCUGGACCUUAGAGCAGGACGAGCAAGAUGGCCAAGUAGUGUUCCUCCGCAGCCACCUUGGACGCUAUCUGGCCUCUGACAAAGAUGGGAAGAUCAUAUGUGGGGCAGAGAAGCCUGACCCUGAAUGCCGUUUCCUUAUCGUGCCCCAGUCUGAUGGUCGCUGGGCACUGCAAUCAGAGCCUUACCUGCGUUACUUUGGAGGCUCGGCUGACUACCUGUCCUGCUUUGCCCAAGCCAUUGGGGAACAAGAGCUGUGGGCUGUCCAUUUGGCUUUACACCCACAGGCCAGUCUGCUCAGUGUGGCACGCAAGCGCUAUGCCCAUCUGUCUGCUUCGGAUGGAGAGAUUUCAGUGGACAGCAACAUUCCCUGGGGAGUGGACUCCCUGGUUACCUUGGUAUACCUGGAUGGCAAGUACAGCCUGAAGACCUGUGACAGCCGUUUCCUCAGCAAUGAUGGCAAACUGGUGAAGGAGAACAGCAAUACUACUAGCUUCACACUGGAGCUGAAAUCUGGCAAGCUGGCCUUUAAGGACUGUGAUGGGAAAUAUCUGACCCCAGUGGGUCCCACAGGAACGCUACGAUCUGGCCGAUGCUCCAAGCCCGGAAAAGAUGAGCUGUUUGAUCUUGAGGAGAGUCAUCCACAAGUAGUUUUUCAAGCCGCCAAUAAAAGAUUUGUCUCAGUCAAGCAAGGAGUGAGUAUUUCAGCCAAUCAGGAUGUGGAGACAGACAUGGAGACCUUUCAGAUGGAGAUUGAUAAGGAGAGCAAAAAGUCUAUGUUCAGGACCAAUGGCGGAUCUUACUGGACUCUAGUGACUCACGGAGAGAUCCAGUCUACUGCCACCGAAGUAGAGGUCAACACAAUGUUUGACAUUGAGUGGCGAGGACAGAGGGUGGCACUCAAAGCAAGUAAUGGAAAGUAUGUGUGUACAAAGAAGAAUGGGCAGCUCUCAGCAGUCAGUGAUUCAGUGGGUAAGCACUCUCAGGCAAGACACAGAUUCAGUGUUUGUUUGAAAAUGACACCACAGGUACAGCUUUGUUGCCCCGUAAUAGAUGAACAGCAUUUCUCCUUCAUUGCAGGUGAUGAUGAAUUAUUCCUGAUGAAACUCAUCAACCGCCCUAUUCUGAUCCUUAGUGGAGAGAAUGGUUAUGUGUGUCACCACAAGAACUCCAACACUCUGAAUGCAAAUCGAUCUGUCUAUGACAUUUUCUCAUUGAUCUUCAAUGACGGCGCCUACAAUAUAAAAAGCGUGAAUGGAAAGUUCUGGUACGUCUCUAGCAGUGGUCUAGUGUGCUCAGAUGGAGAAAAGCCAGAGGACUUUUUCCUUGAGUUCCUGGAACAUGGACGGGUCGCCAUCAAGGGGUCCAAUGGCAAAUACCUUCGUGGAGACCAGGGAGGUACGCUUAUGGGCGAUGGCACAAGCGUUGAUGGAUCUUCUCUUUGGGAGUACUGAUCCCUUUCAAUCAGGGUCCUCAAAGAGGAAGCAAGAAGGCAGGGUGGAGGACCUGCUUAUAUCAGGGUCAAAUGAAGCGGACUGACCGGGUAACAUUUUCCUGCCUGUUUUUAUACUAGCUGCUAGGUGCCCGAUACUAUGUUUUGUCUUUUGUUUUUUUUAAUUGGGAAAAAGUGAACACUAGGAAGGUGUGUUUUUUCUUUUAAAUGUUAAUUGUUUUGUCUUUCAAAUGAGAAUGCCAACAUCAAACAACACAUACUGUAAGAAAAUGUUGAAAUUCACAAAUACGGAUUAAGAGAGUGGCUGUCCCUAUUCUUUCAGACACGCUUAGUUCAAUAUAGGCACAGUGACAACCAAACAUCUUUGAGGGCAGCCACACUGAUCAGUCAAUGAACAGUGAGAAAUUGAAUAGAGUCCCACCGUUUUCUUUUUUGCCUACUUAGUAAGCAUGACCAUGAAUAGCAAGACAAGGCUUCUGUUGCUGCCAAAUUCCACUGGCUAAAUUGACUAAAUAGCUCCAAAAGCUGAAAAGAUCUCUGCCAAUUUGUCUCUCUGUCGAAACACAUACAAAUCUGGCAGUGAAGUCUUCAACAACGUUCACACACUCUCACUGCAAAUCAAUGAAAAACAGACAAUGACAAUGAUGGAUCAGUGCGGCUGCAUCCUUUGGUUUAUUUAAAAAAACAAACAAAAAAACAACAUAAUUGGGUUUAGAUGACUAGAAUGUAGUCAACUAUGUUUAUCUGGAUCUUAGUUCUGAAACAAUCCCACUAUGUUUGUUUACGAUACUUGAUUUCAAUACUUUGAAAUGUUCUGUAGUCACUGAUGUCAUGCUAAGCACUGAGGUAAUGCACCAUUGUCUUUCAUAAGACAUGAACGGCUGGUGCCAACUGCGUUUUCAUUUAUCGUAAUGGACCAUGCACAGCUUCCAUAAAAGCACAAUAUGAAGCAAAUGGAGUGGACCAGAGCAUAUAGACUGCACUGUCUCAGGCACCUCUGCAAUGCUGAGCAAUGUAUAUCCAAAGAGGACUUAGUUCAGCAUCACUGCAAACAAUGAAACAUUUUUUGACAUAGACGUGUAACACAUAUAGCGUUACAGAGAUCAGACAUGUUCAGGAACAAAGAAUAUCAACAGAAAUGUCAUAUCCAUAUCAGGGACACGCUAGACACCAAAGGGGGAGCACACUGAAAGCAUUUGAUCGGACUAUACAUCAUUUUUAAUGUACCAGGUGUUAACUCAGAAAGUGCUUCUCUGGUGUUCUGCCUAGGGGCCUUAAACCAUACUGCACUCUAUAUCCCUUUAUACCCUGUUCUCUUGCUCAGAGUUGGGUGGUAAGAUUAGAAAAUAUAAUGGAUUUAGAUAUAUAUAUAGAUAUAGAUAUAUUUGAACAGAUUACUCACUGGAAUACUUGUAAGUAGAAUAAGAAAACUCAUUAGGCCAUUACAACAGUGAUGUUCUGUAAAAGAUCAUGAACAUGCAAAUGCAUUUAAAUAUAAAUCUUAAUAUAAUGCUUGUUUUCCAACUAUUUUCCCACAGUGAGAUAAGAGGAUGCCAUAAAUUUCAUUUGUGAAAUGCAUGCUAUGUGCACUCCCUUUGCCCAGUUGUUGUUGGUCGAACCCAGCUCCAUUGUAUCAGCAAACUGCUCCUUCAGACAGCUUUGGAGUUGUUAAAAAACAUGUUACAGAGCUGGGCUAUCUGCCUUCCCUCUGCCUUCAGUCAUUGAGCCACUAAGGCCAAGAACGUCCCACUGAAACUGAUAUAAAUCUUCUCAUCUAACUCUGGCUGUGACAGGAAACAACUGCAUUUCAGUGUAUGUGAGCUGUGAGUAUUUCUCUAAGUAACCUGCAGUAACAGUGCUUUUGUAAAAUGUGAUCAGUAGCCUCUAGUAUACCCUUAGGCAGCACAGCCCCUUUAAUGGGGAACAUUGUAAUGAUUACAGACUCCUGACACCCAUCAAAUUCCUAAGGGCACAAGCUUCCCAGAAUUUAUUGGCCCAGAUGUUGGUGUGCAGCAAAGAGGAGAACCUGUACCUGAACCUGUAUACAACUUAUCGUGUAGACUUUUGCCAGUCAUUUCCCGUGGAGAAAUAAAAUCAGCAGUAGUUCAAGCGUAAUGUCUAAACCAAUGGUUUUGUAAUGUGUGCAUUUUGCAGUUAACAGAGAAACAUUUUAGAAAGCAAGGUAUAAAAGGCUUGUUAACCUAUACAUCCUGUAUCAGCUCUAUAGAGAGCCUCCAGCCAUAUUUUAGAAUGUAUUUAAUAUAUAUAGAUGUUUUACUAUCUUUGUUUUCUGAUAUGAUUUUUGAAAAUGUUGAUGACAAUAAAAACUAUGAAAAUAGGAAAUUUGUGAUUCAGUAGUUCAAAUAGACAAUAGGGUUGGUGGUUGUAACCCUGGCUCCUACUUCUGAGUCUCCGCUCAUGUCAAGUCUCCUUGAGAGAAACACUAAACCCCAAAUUAUAAUGCAAAUGGAGCAGAGAAAGAAAAAAGAAUUGCUGCCACUAAUGGCACUAUUGUGCAUCACUAGAAACCACUAUCUGUCCAGUUUUAAUGUACAAUUCACAAGUUGUGCAAUUUGCAGAUGAUUUGUUAAUGUUCAUUUGCAAUUUUCUGUUGUGUUUUCAGUAAUAUUUGUUCAAGUGGACUGAAGUUGCAUAUCACAUGACAUUAUUAAGCUAUGUUUAAGUCAAAAAAGAUUAUAAGUGCAGUUGCAAGAACAGAACUUUCCACCUGUAUCUUAGGGUGUUUGAUUUGAAAGAGAACUUACUCAAAUCAUAAAAUAACUAUUUUGAUUUAA